AGUGCUGAUUCUUCCCCUGGAGCUAUAAAACUACCAGGUUUCAAAAACGGUUUCGACGCUGAAGAACAAAAAACGAUGAUGAAGAGAUAUCUACAAUGUCCUGGUAUGUGCAGGGUGGAGGUGCUCAAGAAAUUCGUAAGGAACAAGUACAACGUCGAUACAAGUCUUUUUCAUAUCGAUGUGCUGUACAAGAGGGUUCCCCUUCCGGAUCAUUAUACUCUCAUCGAUAUCGCUUACAUCUAUUCGUGGAAAAGGAACGAACCGAUGAAAUUCUUCUUCAGGAUAACCGACAUCAACAAGGUUUCAGAGAGGUUCGACUACUUCGAUUCGCAGAAUCCCAUGGACUUUGUUGUCAAAACUCCUGCCAGGACGUCUCGGAAUAAUGGAGACAGAAUCGGUUCUAGCAGGAAGAGGGAAAAUCAUCAGAAGAAGAAUUCCAAAACCAAUAAACAAGCUAGUCCCAAAAAAGAUGUUUGUGAUGAAAACAAAAGUGAACAUAGCGGAGGUGAUUCUAAUAACGCCAUCGAGACAGACCGUGUUACCGUUGACGAAAGUAAAUGUGAUAAUAUCAGUGAAACCGACAUGAAACGUAGUGAGAGAAAUGUUAGUGAGAAUGACGUAAGCGUGGACAAAGUUACUAUAAAUGUAAAUACUACUGUAUGCAGUAGUAGUGGUGAUGAGAAGAAAACUGUUACUGAUUGUACAGAUAAAGUGUUUAUCAAGACAGAGAAAGAUUCGCCGAAAAUCGAGUCGAAUUAUUGCGAUCAAAGUUUUGCCAACGAACUGGUGAAAGUGAAAAGCGAAGUUCCUCCUCCUGUUGAAAAUUCCGGACAUUUCAAGUCCGAAAUACGAAAUGAUAAAGAGGAAAUCAAGAAAGCAGUGUAUACGAAUAUCACUCUGAACCGUACUAAUAAUGUGGAAAUAAUAACAAAAAUUCAGAAAGUUUCUAACAAAGCUGGUCAACCAAUUGGUCUGAACAUUAUAAAGCAGACUGUGAAAAAUAACACCGCGACCAAAAAGGUGCCAAGUUGUAAAAAAUCCCCACAGACCAAAUCUAAUUCUAAUAAAAGUGUCGGGAAAACUAUCACCCCCAAAAAAAUUGAAUUUCCAAAAAAUGAUCCUUCCACAACUACCAACAAAAAUGUGGACAUCGUUACAAAAAAAGACGAUUCGUCAGAAAGUCGAGCGAAGCAAAAUUCUGAUCAAGGAUCUGCAAAAUCUGACGAAGAAGAGAAACGUAAGUUCCUAGAGUCCAUAGAACUAACUGCAAAAAAUAUUCCUUGCGCUAAUGAAAAGAAACCUGACGCGCAAGUCACGAAUAGCCAGAAACGAAAAUCCAGCCCUAGUAAAAACGAAACUAAUCUUAAGAAAGCUAAAAUUGAGAAAAAACCCACCACGAGGAUAAUCCUCUCGAAACCGAAACAAAACCAGACACCGAAGACCUCGCUACAGAAUAAGGGGUUGAAAUCUCUGAUCGAGAAUUGUAAAAUACCAUCUUCCCUGUCCAUAACCAUCAAAGAUGGCACGGAAGAUAGGUUGCCUAGUUUAAUACCUCCCGUCAAAAAUUUCAUAGAAAUUCUCAAGCUCCCCGAUGAGACUGGGCAAUCCGAUAGAACUGGAAAAGAAGGAUCUGCUACCAAACUCGAUUUCAGUUUGAAAAUGAACGAUAACGAUAGCGAACAGAAGGUCGACGAGGACUUGGCACAGAUCGCGAAGAGUCUAACCGAAAGAAUCCCCAUGUCGACUACGAUUUCGGAAAUCGUCGGCCCCAAACCCCAGUUUCCCAUUCCAAUGAAGACUAACGUACCUUUGAAGUUCAUCCAACCCUCGCCUGUACCUGAAUUGUGUAACAGAGUUUUGAAUGUGCCGAAGGAGAAUAACAAACUCAAUCCCAGGUCUCCGCAAACGUUCCAAAAGAUUUUCGAGGAGUCCAUCAAGAAGCCCGAGGAUGAAGGCGAGGCUCCCGAUAAGAUCGGGCAGAAGUCUGCUUUGGAUUUGAGCAACGAUAACACCGGAGCUUCGGCUACCAUUAAAAGAAACCUAGCAGAAAUAGCUACGCAACUUUUCAAAAAAACGAAGUUAGAACAAGAGAACAGCUGUUCUGAUGAUUCGAAGGUUGACGAAACUGUGACCCCGAAACCGAAUCCGAAAGUUCCGAUUCCAAGACUACCAAACCAGAGGAAUCUGAAACCGCCACAGAAAAAUUUGAAGUUCGAAGUAGCUGAUCCGAUGAAGUUCCAACAGACUCUAGCGAAUCUCCAUUCGAAUGCUCUGGGGAUGAAUUACACAAUUUCAGUGGGUCAUAACGGACCCGUGAAGGUUAACGGUGUGGUACCUCUUGCCAAACAAGAGCUAGACACGAAGACAGCUAGUAUACCUGCCAGUUCGACGGAAAUGAAGGUGAACGCGUUUGCUGCUCCGAAAGACAUAGCCGCCUCAUCCCCCAGACCUAGUCCUAUCCCUCGGAAUCUCUCUCCCGCCGUCGGCUAUAAUUCGCCCAGGAACUCCCCCAAGCACUCGCCCAAAUCUUCGCCCAUGAUAAAGCACAUGUACGCGCCCGUGCCAAACCUGAUGAUGGACCAGCUCAGAGUGAAUACUUUCACUCAAAGAGCUCCAUCGCCCAAAGUGAGUAACUUCAAUAAAUCCCCCAAAUCCUCGCCGCAGCUGCCAAGCUCAUCGGCAAAUCUUCCCAGUCCAAGCAAACAUCCUAUUGCUUCGCCCGUUUCGUCCCCGAAACCAGUUGUCUCUUCGCCGAAACCUUCAGCUUCUUCGCCAAAACUACAGACCUCUUCGUCCAAACCCCAAGUUUCCUCACCGAAACUACCAGCAAUGUCGCCCAACGGGCAAGCCUCCACUUCUGGGCAGUCAGUUCCUUCUAAGGCUAGUCCCAAGGCGAACACCAGUGGUGAUCAGAAUCCCGCGCUGAGUCCCAAUCAGAUUCUGGAGAAGUACAACAUACAAAAUUUGGCUCAGAUGUCGGCGAGUUUGAACUUCAACGCUAACUUCGGAUUGAAUCCAAACAAUCAGUUGGCCGCCAUUCAGCACGCCAUGCUGUUGAAACAUUUCGAGAUGCAAAACCGUCAAAAUUGGAUGAACAUGAAUCAGGGUCCUCUGGUGCAAUACGAGAGGUAUUUGCAGAGUUUGAAAAAUAACCAUUUGUUGAGCAACAUCAAGGAAAACUGACUAACGCGGAAGCGUUUGUUGUUGAGUGUUCCUUCGAUUGUUUAGGUUAAUUGUACAUUUAUUAGUUGAAUAGUCUAGUGAUCAGAUUAUCUUCGAAAACAAUUAUUUUGUGGUCAACGUUUCGGAUUUAUUGGUAUUCUUCUCAUGGCUCGGGGCAGUGAUAAAAUUACUCGCCGUAUAGGAGAAUUGCCAUGUUGAAACUAUAAAUAAAAGUCAUUAGACGGGUUAGAUACAUUUAAGAAACAGUAAAUACUGUGGCUUUAAAUAAAUACAGGGACUGUGGGGUUCUUGAUAUUUUGUUUCUCAAAAUCUCUCUUGUGUUCUGAAACUCGUGUUUGCAGAUAACGCCCGGUUUGGCCUACAUAUCAUUUUGGGACACUUUCCACCGUUUAAUUUUCAAACUAUGUUAGAGUAUAUAUCUGGAGGUGUUUUAGGUUUCAGUUUAGAUGAAAAAUAGUUUUCUGAUUUGAGAAGGCCACUUUAAUUUGUUUGUUACUAAGUAACAGGGCAAGUUCUUCAGACAAAUUUGACACACAUGGAAUUUUAUGAUAUUUUGUGUUUGCUCUGGUAUUUUGAGUAGAGAAAGUUUUUUUCCUGAUUAUUUUUGAACAAGGGAUAUUGGCAUUUCAUUUUUCGUAGGAUCUCCAACUAAUCCAGUCACUUUAUGACCAGCAAAGUGGCCUAUUCAAAUAAGGAUACUGUUGAAAACUAUUUUUCAUAUACAUAGAAACCUUAAACACCGCUAGAUACAAUCUAACAUAGUUCACAAGCUGAACUGUAGAAACUCACAAAUGAUAUGUUGGUCAAACCGGAUGUUAUCUCAUAACACGAUUUUCAGAACACACGAUUCAUAUUCUCAAACACGAUAGUGUCUACACUAGUGUAGACUUAAUCAGUGGAAUACUCAAAUAGUUCUUUUUUUAUUUCACUUCACAUCAAUGAAAACAGGUAUAAAUCAGUUUGUUUGUUUCAUGUCACUGUGUGCUGGUAUUGAAUAGUUUGUUUGAUGCAUCGGUUUUCAUUUUGUAAGUGUCCAACACGUUUGAUGACUUUGAAUUUAGUUGUGUCAACAUGGAAAACUCAUUUUCGAGCCCUGAAGAAGAAUUUAAAAAAUUUUGAAACGUCAGCAAGAAAACAAUUGUUCAUCUAAGAUAAUUUGAUCGUGUUACCCAAAAAACCUUUCUAGAAAUGUACAUUUAUCUUGGCUGUUCUAUUUUGAAUAAUUCAUAUCACGAAACGGAAAUGUUAGUGUAAAUGAAAUUGUAUUCCGAAAAUUCCUGAAACCAUUUCCGACAGCUUAAUUUUUUUUUAACGAUCAAUGACAAAUCAAUGUACUUUGAAGAACCACAAAAGUGUAACAGGGCUUUUUAUUGAACAUCAUAGAUUGGCUAUUUCCAAUACGUAUUUUCAGAACUACCUCCAAUCUUAGGGAUCGCGAUAGAGGGGUUUUAUUUUUUGAAAAUAUUUCCAAAAUUGAAUUCCGAUGUUUGAAAUAACUGGGUUUCAUGUAUUUGAAUGUUUAGCGUAAAUUUUGAAAACGAAACUGUUACUUGUAGACAACUUUUAACUCAAGGACUACCGCUUUUUUUAAACAAUUUCGAUUUAUUGAAGUACUCACUAUCCACCCUAUCAUAUUUAUUGAAUUUUCAUUUUCGGUUUGCGAUUUUGCAAUGCAUGUUUCCACUUUUGAAUUGGAUAAGUUCACAUUUUCCUUUAUGUUCGUUCAUUUUGCAUCCUACUGUUUUACAAUUCCGUUGGUUAUUUAUUUUUGUUUUAUAUUUGGGAAUUUCUGUUGAUGUUUCUAUAUUAAAUUAUUGUUUAUUUUUAAGUUUCUUGUGAUUAAGAACGUGUAUUAUACUGAUGUAAUUAGUUAGUUUAAGAAAAAUGUAAAAUAUUAUUUUGCAAUUUUCAUUAAAAAAAUGAAACUACGAAA